GAUUCACGGGACAGACCGGAGCGCAGGGUCGCCCACACCGGCUUCCAAUCUUCUUGCCAUUUAUCACUUGCCUGGCGCACCAUAUUCCUUAUGAUCCUUUCUAGUGUAUAACUUGUAGUAAUGUUGUUUUCCAUCGCCAAAUCGCGGUCGCGCCGUCAGUGGCUUCUCCCGCUCGUCGCCAUCACUACCUCUCUAGCCACCCAUGUCGCCGCAGCCGAGAUAGCUCCUCAUGAGUUGCCGUCUUACCACUAUGGCGCCCCCAUUCGCGUUGAGUGCAUGAAUCGCAGCUCAGAAACCGGCGAACACAUUGAAACCCCCGCCCACGAGAUCCAAUGGAUCCCCUUCCCCAUGUGCGAAGAAACCAAAGCCCCCCUCGAAUUCAACUACGGCAUCGAGACCGAGCAGAACUGCACGAUCCCCAUGAUCGACGACCCCUUCUUCCACCUGCUCGAGUUCUACAUCCACUCCGACGCUCCUCUAGCCUGCCGCCUUCCCGCGCGCCCUCCCCCGCAAGUCGAGAUCGUAGGCGAGAAACCCCACGUUACCGAAUACGUCCCGCUGGUCUUUGCGCUGGCUGGGACGCUGCAACUCAGCCAUAUGCACAUCUCGACGCAUAUGAACGUGCUGUUGCAUUCCACGCCAAAACAUCAUUUGCACAAGAAGGAUUCAGGGGUGUUGGAUAGCGCCACGGCGUACUCUACCUCUCCCCUGACGCACAUGGAGGGAAGCUCUACGAGGAGACUGGUGAUUGGGGACCCCCUACCGCUGCAGUUUUCCGUCAGAUGGUUCCCGACGCCGGAGCUCCCGCGAGUGGAGGGGAAGGUGGAGUGGCAGGGCAUGGGAGGGCACAUCUACGCCAGCACCGUCUUCUACGCUCUGUUGUCGUUUGGAGCGGGCGUGUGUGUGAGCAGUGUUUGGUUCUUUGGGAGCGUGUUGCCGCAGAGAUUGAAGGGGAGGAGCUUGGGAGGAGCGACCCCGUUGGGAUACGGUGCGGGCGUGGGUAAUGGUUGGGGUUAUCAGCCUGGGAAGAGGGCGGAUUGAGGUUAUAGAUGUUGAUACGAUAAUGUAAUGUUUCUUUGUCC